AUGUGCGUGACAAACAUCUGUUGUGAUGAACAACUUUUUUGGGUUAUUUUAUGGAAUCCCGCCACGCGAGAAACAUCUCUACAGUCUUUCCCAUUACAAAUCAGGCGUGAAUAUGAUGACUCCAUUCCCUAUAGCUAUUGUGGGUUUGGCUAUGAUCAUGUAAGUGACACUUACAAGGUGAUGAAGGUAGUGGAGGAUGCUGUGCUUGUUUUUAACAUGGGUGACUUUGAUGAGAGGCAGGUUGGGUAUUUUCCGCCCGAUCUUAUUUGCUUAGAAAACACCGUAGUUGGAGUUCACUUUAACGGGACUCUUAACUGGUUAGUCACUUCCAAAAUUAAUGAGUAUAAAAUUGGCUUGGAUACUGAUGAGAAUAAUAUUGAGUGGGACAAUAGCUCAUGCAUGAUUCUUUUCUUUGAUUUGAAUAAAGAGGAGUUUGUGAGGUUGGUGUUGCUUGCUAUUCCUUACAAGUUCUGUGACCCACAUCUUGGGGUUUUGGGUGAAUGUCUUUGUGUUUCUGUCCAAGACAAGCAAUUCAAUUUUAUGAUUUGGCAGAUGAAGGAGUUUGGAGUUUAG